CCAAUGAGGGCAUCGUUUUUUGAUUAUUAAAACAGAAUACCGUUAAGGCUUUAGAUAAGAGAGGGUUAGAAAUAUUUUUUCUCAUUUAUUUGGAAAUAUUUUGUGCUCCACAACGUCUUAUAUAUAACUUGCGGAUUCAAAAUUCGACUAAUGAUGAUAAGUGCUAAAUUCAUAGCUUUAGCAUGUAUGCUUUCAGCAUUUACGCUUUGUGGUGUUAUAGGCAAUUGUAUGGUGUUAUUCAUCUAUCAUCAGAGAAAGAGGACUUCGGCUACCUUCUUUAUAAUGACACUUGCUGCAACGGAUUUAUUUACUUCAUUAACUUUGAUUCCUUUCACGAUUGUCGCAGAACUGUUUUCGAAUGAGCUUCCAUACGAUUUUUUGUGUAAGGUUUUAAUGUUUUUAGUAGUAAACAAUGUUCAAUUUUCAGUUUUUUUGAUUGCCGUUAUAGCAAUUGACAGAUAUUUAUGUAUAUGUCAUCCGUUUUUGAAUGGCAAUACCGUUUUUCGUGCGAAAGGUACAGUUGUUUGUGCUAUGAUUCUGGCUGGAACAUUUGGCGUUUUGACUUCAUUAAACUACAGUGUUGAAACUAUAUACAUUAGUGAUGAUACAAACAUGUCGCUGAACGGUACGCAAAAUAUUUUCAAGACUGCUAACUUCACUCAGCUAGAUCUACCGUUCAAUUGUUCAUCCAACCAAACGACAAAUUGUGGAAAUAAUGCUGGGUUGAACGGCAGCAGAAAUCUUAUUGUUCAUAGGACAAUGUGUCAAACAAACGUUUUCUUUGGAGAUUACUAUCUUUAUAUCUAUAGAUAUGUAUACGCCAGUACGUUCAUUGUGUCUGUAGUAAUUGUCAACAUAUGCUAUGGACUUAUCUACUGUCACUUACACCGUCAUAGGGUCCGUCUUAGGAAAAUAUUAGCAAUGUCUAGCAAGAUCCGGCAGAAAAAGAGAAUUGGAGAAGCCGUUGCUUGUAGCAAAAAUUCACCAUGCAUAGGAAGCAGUGUGCCAAGCCCGGCGAAAGAAAGUACGACAGAAAAUGAACCUAAACAUAAGAAACUGACAACAGAAAGAACGUCAGUAUUGCUCAUGAACGUGAGAACUGCGUUCAUGCUAUUCAUUGUUACGGUUCUUUUUUUAGCAACGUAUCUUCCCGCAUGGCUAAUGUCGUUUGAACUCAUUGAUUUUAAUUUAUGCGUAUUCUAUUUAUACUUGAUAAAUCAUGCGACUAAUCCCAUUAUUUAUGCUUUUAUGAGCAAGGAUUUCAGGCAAGAUAUCAAAAGGCUGCUUCUCAAAUGCUGCUAGUAGAACAACCUAUUAUCCUUAUAAAUUUUGAAUGUUUAUGAUAUUAACUUGGUACAAGACUACAAGAACAUGUUUAAUGACUUCAUAAUUGUUUAGUAAUGCCGUUUUUAACACUGAAAAACUCACACACAAAUAAAGAACAAUAGCAGCAGGUAAUAACCUGGUCUAGACUACAUGCGAAAUAAAGAUACUGAGUGAAAAGGGAAAAGGGAAUUUGUAUUCACUACAAUACUGCCAUCAAUGUUACUAACCGUCGCGAAUUAUAGGGUUUUGUUGCGCGAGCUUGCAAGCCAGUUGUCCUUCUAAUUUCUUAUUUCUAAAAUACAGUUUGCUUUACUAACGCUACAACGUCCUAAUCCCUCUCAAGUAGGUCUUUGUUGCUGAAAUAUAUGUUUUCGAUCGCAAUGAUUUGCCGCAUAUUUUUUCUCAUGUGUUUAUAUGUAUAUUGUUGUUUUUAAUACGCUACAGUCCAGAUUAAUAAUAUCUGUUAUGUUUUCUCGGUGUUGAUAGGAAAAUCCGACCCGAGAGCACCUGCGUUGCCAGGUAACAAGGCUUGCCGAAUUACCGAUUACGCAGCGUGCCUUUGGGUCAGAUUUUUCUAUCCUUACCGGACACACAUGAUUAAUAUUUGUUUCUAGCAUUCCUUUAAUAACGUAUUUGUAAAGAAGUUUGUCCGCAAUCAAACUAUGUACAGCCAAUACCGCCUCACUUGACAAAGCAUUUGAUAUUUUCAAUAUAACGAAACCAUAAACUGCCAAAUGAACAGGGUCGAUGGAAAAUUGCCAAUUCAUGACAGGAAACGUCCAGUUUGUUCAGACAUGGGUGAGAUUUCGCGUCAUUUAAGUUCAUAAUACAUAUAUACUGUUACAAAUUUACAACAAGCUGAAGUAUUUAAGUCUUGCUCCAUCAUAAUUCUUAAAAUUAGGCAUUCCAAAACACAUUUGACUUAAAAAGGUCAAUAUGUUCAGAUUACAAAAUCUUUUUCUUUAAUGCUUCUUAAUUGUUUUAAACUAAACCUGUUUUGACUUUAUGAAAUUGUGGUUAGCUGUUUUACAUUGUUCAUUUGUUGUAAAUUUAAUUUGCUUUUGUAUCCUUUAUUGUAUGCAAGAAUAUGCAAGUAUUUUAUAUAUAAAGUUCUUCUUAGAAAAGUUCUUUCUAAGGAAUGCAUUUUCUAUCGAAAUAAAAAAAUAUGCUGCUUUCGAUGUUUAUUUAAAAACGGUUAUUUUUUAUCGGAUUGCAUAGAUUAUAAGAAACUAUAUACAUCUUCUGGAAUUUGAAAACAAAUAGUAUAAACAUGUUAUUUAACGACUUAUCGAUUGGUCUUUAUUAUGUGCUUGCAUACUCGCUAUCGAAAAUUAAACGAUUUUCGUGAAUGUUGAUCAACACCAGACCUGUUUGGCUGGAACAACUAAAUUAUACGAAUACUGUCAUAUACUGAAAUGCUGAAAAGCACUGUCAUUAAGGAAAGCAAGCGAAGGAUAAAGUUUUCAUUUGCUCUUGUUUAAUUUAAAAGUUUAUCGCACGUGAGACUUUAUAAUAAAGCCAUAUCAAAUAUUUAUUACUGAAAUUGUAGAAAGAAUUGAGUCGAUUGGAAUAAAAUCAGAUAACUUUUAUAAAUAUAGAUACGAUUGUCCAUUGGAACGAAUUCUUUGGGAGCAUUUUUUCGAUACAUCAUUGCAAUAUAUAUUCUAGUCGUUCAAGCAACUUACGUGACUCACUUAUGUACACUGUUUAUUGACUAUAUAUUAAAAUAAGUCUAAUAUAAUGUUUUCUCGUCUAUUGUAAACAUCAUUCGUCCUGCGCUCGUUCCAAAUACAUUCUGUUUCAUUUCGUAAAAGUACUUAUCACAUUAUACACCUCAUAUAUUUGUUUCAUAUUUAAUCAUUUAACAAUGUUUUUUAUACAUCCUAUCAUCCUAUGUACGUUUAUUCAUCAAUUCGUUUGUA